ACUUCUUUAUUGUUUUUUUUUUAUUUGGUUCUUCAAUCACAAUAUUAUUUAAUUAAUAAUCUAAUUUAUCUGUCAUGUUGAUUUUCAAUAUCCGUUGUAACUUUAACUGUUGAAUUAUCAAUUUUAUUAUUUUCUUCAUUUGCAUUAUUUUUAUUAUUAUCAUUAUUUAUUGUUUUAAUGAUUUUUUUUUCAUUUAAUCACUUUACAGUAUAAACUUUUGAACAUAAAGUUAUCGAUAAUUAAAUGUCACUUUUAUAAUUGAUUAAUUAUUUAUAAUUUUUUGAAAAUACGUAUACUCUAUUAUUAUAUCGAGCUUAAUGGAGUUAUGAAGAUAGAAAGGUUCGAAGGCUUAGAUGAUCCAAUUAGGUUAUCCUAACGAACCAUACCAUCAAAAUGCUCAUUGAAAUUCCAUUCCCUGAGAGAGUUUCAAGGAAAAGCCUUUAAUGGCUUUAAUGCUACUCUACAGCAACAGGUAAGCUAUCAUGUCUGUAUCAUCAUCAUCAUCAUCAAUAUAUAUAUGUAUAAUUUAUAACUAACAAUUUGUAAAUUAACUUGUAUUUAUUAACUAUAUAAAUUUAUAAUUAUUCUAUAUGAAAAUGUAGCUUUAAAAAUCAAAAUGUAAAUUUACAAAAAUUUUAAAUUUAAAUCAAUCUUUGAUGUUUUGAAAUUAAACAAAAAAUUUAAAUGAAAAAAUUUAAUUUAACAUUCUUAUUCUAUUGGACUAUAUACUAAUUGAAAAAAAAAAAAAAUGUUAAAUCUAUUUUGAUAUUUUAAGAAUGUUAAAUUGUUUUAAAUAUAAGUAAUUUUCUUUUUUUUAAAUUUAAUUUAAUAAUAUUAAAUUUGUGAUUUUUUAAAAAAAGAAUUUCUAUUUAAUCAUGACAUUUUAUUAAAACGUUUUACUUUUCACUGGCUUUUUCAUCAUAAUUUUAAUUUUUUAUUCUUAUUCUUCUUGAGCUCAUCAGGAAAAUUCUUCAACUUGCUCGAGUAUCUCCCGAGGCGCCAGUUUGACGGCAUCCCGUCGUAUGCAUAUAUUUUUAAUGAAAUUCUGCCCCAAAAAAAAAACUAAAAAAAUAAUAAAAACAUGCAACUAAAAAACAUAAAUAAAAUAAAUUUUACUUCAUCUCGAAAAUGCAGGUACAGUAUGAAUUUUAUGAAAUAUUGUAUAUGAAAAAGAAAAAAGAGGAAAAUUAUUUUUAUUCAUUUACAAGUAUCACAUCAUUCAACCACAUAUAAAUUUAAUACAUUAAACAAAAUAAAUGUUAUAUCCGUGACUAGGCUACAAUUCGUAAUUCACCUUAUCCUUAUAGACCUUUUUUUUAUUAUUUUUCUUUUUUAUUUCUUUCCUUGGUGAAACCGCAGCAAUGCGUCCAGCCAUCAGCCAUUUAUUUACAAGUACCUUUACAAGUACCAUUUUUCUAAUUCUCUUUCUCUUUUUCUCUUGCACUCAUACACACAUAAAAUUCACAUAUAAAAAAGCCAACUUUUCAUUUUAACACUGGUUUAAUUUGCGAAAAUAUAAAUUGCAUGUACGUGUACCAAAAAAAAAAAAAAAAAAAAUAAAGUAAAAAUAAAAAGUUUGCUUUUAAGCUUAACUGAGCCAAGGUGGUGUACUUUUUUUUUAUUUGGAAGAUCUUGUGCAAGUUGUGUCAAAAAAAAAAAAAAGAAAAAUCAACAACGAUGAGAAAUGUCUGUUUUUUUUUUCUUUUUUUAAUUUUUUUUUUUUUUCAAUUCACUUUGGUGGUUUGCCUGUUAUAAUAGCCAAGGAGACACUUCAGUGGUCGUUGGAAAAGUGCCGAGAUCAUGAAAAGAAAUCUAUAUAAAAAAAAAAAAAAAAAUAUUACGAAGAAGAUGGCAUAGAAAAUGGAAUAAUAAAUAAAUAAAAAAAAAAAAAAAAAAAUUAGUUGGUAUAUAUAACGAGACGCAUAGGUCACGCCAGGAUGAUGCGGGGAAAAGUAAUGGAUAAAGGAAAAAAAAAAAAAAAAGAAUGAGAAUUGAUUGGGUCAUCCCCGCGGCAACGGAUGGACAAACACAAAUGAAAAAUUGAGCAUCCUGAUGGACAUAUAUUUCCGGAGCUCAUUUCAACUUAGAACAUUGCUCGCGCGUGUCUUUGAUCAACAAUAAUAAUAAUAAAUUGUUUUUUUAUUUUUUUUUCAUUUUUACAAAAUAACGUAUAUUGGUUUGUACGUGCUGACACUGUGUAUUGGUCAAUUUUGCUGACCAGAGUUAAAUUGUAAUUGAGAGACAGAAUGAACCAGCAUUGGGUGCUCUUCAUUUUGACAUAUGUCGCAAUACAUGUUGUUGGACAACAAAGAAAGCAACAGUCAAUACCAAAAGGACCCAGAUCAAUCAAUUUGUUUGUAAUAAAUGAUGAGAAUAAUGACGUGGCAAACAGAAGUGUUGGUAAUUCUUUGAAAAAUAUUCGUGACAAACAUCCAGAAUGGCUUGGUAAUGUGUUGAUAGUUAAAAUAAAUGGUGCAGAGCCACAUGAAGCACUUGAAAAAAUAUGUUCAACAUGGGACAAAGCUGUUAGAAAUGGUGGUCCCAAUGUGCCAGAUUUACUUCUGGAUAUGACACGUAGUGGUUUUGGUGCUGAAACAGUUAAUUCAUUUACAUCAGCUGUUGGAAUACCAACUUUAUCAACACAAUUUGGACAAAUUGAUGAUUUACGUCAUUGGCGUGAUUUAACAGAUGAUAAAAAAUUAUAUCUCAUACAAGUUAUGCAACCAGCUGAUUUAAUACCAGAUGCAAUACGUCAAUUAUCAAUACAAAUGAAUAUAAGUAAUGCUGCAAUAAUAUUUGAUGAUAAUUUUAUAAUGGAUCAUAAAUAUAAAAGUUUACUUGUUAAUGUACCAACAAGACAUGUCAUUGUUAAAUCUAAAAAUACUAAAAAACAAAUUGACGAACAAUUAACACGUAUACGUUCACUUGAUCUUGUUAAUUUUUUUAUUCUGAGUAAUGAUAAAGUAUUGACAAGUAUACUUGAUGAUGCGGAGGCUAAAAAUUUUACAAAUAAAAAAUAUGGCUGGUAUGGUUUUAGUCUAGAUGACGUUGAUCCAAAGUGUGACUGUAAAAAUAUAACAAUAUUAUUUUUCAAACCAAAAAUAACGACAUUGAAUCAACAAAGAAUUAGUGAGUUAACGACAAAAGGUUCAUUGCCAAAGCCAAUAUUAACAUCAGCAUUUUAUUAUGAUCUAACAAAGCUAGGUGUGUUGGCAAUGAGACUAUCAACUGAAGAUGGCAGUUGGCCAUAUGAACCACCUCAUAUUACUUGCAAUGAAUACAAUGGUAAUAAUACACCAAUAAGAAAUUUUGAUUUUCUAAAACAACUCAAUAAAACAAUGACAAACAAUGAUUUUCAACCGACAUUUGCUAGUUUUUAUUGGGGAAGAAAAAAUGGACAACAUCAUGCUAAAUUUGAUAUGAAAGUUAGUCUUAUUGUUAUUGAUAAUGGCAAUACAAUAUCAACAGAUGAACUUGGUACUUGGGAAGCUGGCAUUGACUCACCACUUAAGGUCACUUAUUAUAUUUAUUUACAGUUGUCUGGAAUAAACAAUGAAAAAGUAUCAAAUCACACAGCAGUAACAAGUUUUCGUAUUGUUACUGUCGAAACACCACCUUUUAUAAUGUACAACAAAGAAAAAGAUGAAUGGUCAGGUUAUUGUAUUGAUUUAAUUGAAGAAAUACGUAAAAUAUUAGGUUUUGAAUAUGAAAUACGUUUAGUUGAUGAUAAUAAUUUUGGUUCAAUGAAUGACGAUGGUGAAUGGAAUGGUAUGAUCAAAGAAUUAGUUGAUAAAAAAGCUGAUAUUGCAUUGGGUGCAUUAUCUGUUAUGGCUGAACGUGAAAAUGUCGUUGAUUUUACAGUACCAUAUUAUGAUCUUGUUGGUCUAUCAAUAUUAAUGAAAAAACCAAAAGCUGAAACAUCAUUAUUUAAAUUUUUAACUGUACUAGAAAAUGAUGUAUGGCUGUGUAUUCUAGGUUCAUAUUUUUUCACAAGUAUAUUAAUGUGGUUAUUUGAUAAAAUGUCACCAUACAGUUAUCAAAACAAUAAAGACAAAUAUAAAGAUGAUGAUGAAAAACGUGAAUUUACAUUGAAAGAAAGUUUAUGGUUUUGUAUGACAUCAUUGACACCACAAGGAGGUGGUGAAGCACCUAAAAAUUUAUCUGGACGUCUUGUUGCAGCAACAUGGUGGUUAUUUGGUUUUAUUAUUAUCGCAUCAUAUACUGCUAAUCUUGCUGCAUUUUUAACAGUAUCAAGACUCGAAUCACCAAUUGAAUCACUUGAUGAUCUUAGCAAACAAUAUAAAGUUACAUAUGCACCAAUUAAACCAUCAGAGGCAUACACGUAUUUCGAAAGAAUGUCAAAUAUUGAAUCACGUUUUUACGAAAUAUGGAAAGACAUGAGUUUAAAUGACAGUCUAUCAGAUAUUGAAAGAGCUAAAUUAGCUGUAUGGGAUUAUCCAGUUAGUGAUAAAUAUACAAAAAUGUUUCAAGCAAUGGCUGAUGCUGGUUUUCCAUCAACAAUGGAAGAAGCAUUAGCUCGUAUUAUGAAGCUAAAUACAAGUUCAUCUGACAGUGAAUUUGCAUUAAUUGGUGAUGGAACAGAUAUUCGUUAUCUUGAAAUGACAACGUGUAAUUAUAUCAUGGUUGGAGAAGAAUUUUCAAGAAAACCAUAUGCAAUUGCUGUGCAACAAGGAUCACCAUUAAAAGAUCAAUUUAACAAUGCAAUUCUUCAGUUGUUGAAUAAACGACAAUUGGAACAAUUAAAAGCAAAAUGGUGGCAAAACAAUAAAAAGAAAAUGUCAUGUGAACAACAAGAUGAUCAAAGUGAUGGUAUAUCAUUGGCAAAUAUUGGUGGUGUAUUUAUUGUAAUAUUUGUUGGUAUUGGUAUGGCUUGUGUAACACUUGGUCUUGAGUAUUGGUGGUAUCGUUGUUAUAUUGGAAAAAAUAGAAGAAAUAAAAGUAUUGAACGUAAACGUUUACCACCACCGUCACAAAUAAUAAAACCCAUGAGAUUUGAAUCGAAAAAAAAUAAACUACUUUUUAAAGCAGCUCCAUCAGUACGUUCAAGAUUUUAA